ACAGAAUUCGGCUCAAAAAUCAGCCUUUUACCCUUCGUCGAACCGUUCGCGAUAUGCCUUGCGACUGGCAGCAUAGAACGUGAUGCUCCUGCUUCGGGCUGUGAGGCCGGCCGCCCGCUACGCUCCACGCCCCGCACAUCGACUGUCAUGGGCCGUCAGCCAUCAGUUUUAUUCGACCCAAAAACCACCAAUAUCCGGCCGUGAUGCCUCACCUGCAGAACCCCCAGACCACCGCAAGGUGGGCGUGCAGCAGGAGCUGUUCAUGACCUCCAUCUACAGCCCCGGCUCUCCUAUAUUCCUACCCAACGGUACGCGGAUAUUCAACCGACUCGUCGACUUUUUGCGCCGCCAAUAUGUCCACUACGGCUUCGAGGAGGUCAUUACCCCCAACAUCUACAAGAAGUCGCUUUGGGAGGUGUCCGGCCACCUACAAAACUACGCAGACGACAUGUACACUGUGACGAGCCGCGCGAGGUCGCAAGAAGCCUCAGCGACGGAAUCCGAGCCCGCCAGGAGCUGCUGCGGCAGCCACGAAAGGGAGGCCGAAGGCACCGACGACGACUACGGCCUCAAGCCGAUGAACUGCCCCGGCCACUGCCUCAUCUUCGCAUCCAAGGCGCGGAGCUACCGCGACCUACCCAUCCGAUACGCCGACUUCUCCCCCCUGCACCGCAACGAGAUCUCGGGCGCGCUGAGCGGCCUGACCCGCGUGCGCCGCUUCCACCAGGACGACGGGCACGUCUUCUGCCGCCCGUCGCAGGUCCGCGACGAGGUGUUCCGCACCCUCGACUUCAUGAAGACGGUAUACGGCGCGCUAGGUCUGCACGGGUACGCCUUCGCGCUCGCCACGCGGCCGGAGGACCACUACAUCGGGACGCAGGCCGAGUGGGACCGGGCCGAGGCGCAGCUGCGCGGGGCCCUCGAGCAGGCCGGGCUGCCGUACGCCGUCAAGGAAGGGGACGGCGCGUUCUACGGACCCAAGAUCGACGUCAUGCUGCGCGACUCGCACGGGAAGACGCACCAGGCCGGCACCAUCCAGCUGGAUUUCCAGCUGCCGCAGCGCUUCGGGCUCGCGUACCAGGCGCCCGCGCCCGAGCUGGAGACCCGUGGGGCCCGCCCGGAGGAGAUCGAAGAGGCGGCGGCGGCGAAGGAGACGUACGGGCCCGUGACGCCGGUGCUGAUCCACAGGGCGGUCUUGGGGUCGGUGGAGCGGCUCAUGGCGCUUCUCAUCGAGGAGUACGACGGGAAGUGGCCCUUCUGGCUCAACCCCCGGCAGGUCGUCAUCCUGACCCUCAACGAUUCGGAACCCGUCGUGGCGUGGGCUUCGCGGGUCAGGGACGAGCUUGUGGGGAGGGAGACGCGGGAGGAAGGCCGGACACAGCAGCCGCGUGCAACGGGAUUCACUGUGGAUGUGGAUGCCAGCACGAGGCCGUUGGGUGAGAAGCUGGCAGAGGCCGCGUCGAAAGGAUACGGUCUGGUUCUCGUCGUCGGCCGGCAGAAUGUGGAACAAGGGACAGUCACGCUCAACACCACCGUAAUUACGGAUGGGAAGCCGAAGAGAAGUAGGGAGGACUUGGCUCCCCCGGCACUUCUUGAGAGGAUGAGGACGAUGGUUGAGACGUAUCAGUAGUUGCUGCGGUGCUCUUGGUUCCCUCUCUCCCUUGUACAUCACAUUGUAAAAUUUUGUAUAACAAAUACCGGCGGCGGCAUCUAUACACGGUAAUCUCAUAAAGUCCCUCUUCUUCAAUGUACGCCUCCCAUGCUCCCAUGGUAUGUCUAAACUCGUACAUCGAUGUCGAAUACGGACUGUCCAAACCUCGCCGGCCUGUUGUGAUUUAAUAAAAAGCGGCUUUCCUGCUCAGCGUCCCCCGCUAG